AUGAUAAUAAUGAAAUCACGAGUUGCAAUCGUGACUUAUAUCUUCUUGAUAUCUUAUGUGAUGUCUAGUUUAAUAGAAUCACCACCGUAUCUACCAUUCGCUAACAAAAUUAAGAUUGAUAAAAGAACCAAUAACAACAAUGAUUGUAGAAAGGAUAAAGAUGGCCAUCCAAUUUCAGGUAAUUGUCCUCAGUGCUUUGAUAAUCAUCAUAAGCCAAAAUUGGAUAAAUGUUGUUUUGAUGAUAAGAAUAAGGUUACUGCAUGUUGUGAUUGGACAUGGUACGGAAAGCCAGUACCUUGUCCCCCACCAACUUCUUCCAGUGAAGUUCCACCAUCAUCAAGUGAAGAAGUUCCACCAUCAUCCAGUGAAGAGGUUCCACCUUCAUCAAGUGAAGAGGUUCCACCUUCAUCAUCAGAGGAAGUUCCACCAAGCUCCAGUGAAGAGGUCCCACCAAGCUCCAGUGAAGAGGUCCCACCAAGUUCCAGUGAAGAGGUUCCACCUUCAUCAAGUGAAGAAGUUCCACCAAGCUCCAGUGAAGAAGUUCCACCUUCAUCCCGUGAAGAGGUUCCACCUUCAUCAUCAGAGGAAGUUCCACCAAGCUCCAGUGAAGAGGUCCCACCAAGUUCCAGUGAAGAGGUUCCACCAUCAUCCAGUGAAGAGGUUCCACCUUCAUCAUCAGAGGAAGUUCCACCAAGCUCCAGUGAAGAGGUCCCACCAAGUUCCAGUGAAGAAGUUCCACCUUCGUCAAGUGAAGAGGUCCCACCAAGCUCCAGUGAAGAGGUCCCACCAAGUUCCAGUGAAGAGGUUCCACCUUCAUCAAGUGAAGAGGUCCCACCAAGCUCCAGUGAAGAGGUCCCACCAAGUUCCAGUGAAGAGGUUCCACCUUCAUCAAGUGAAGAAGUUCCACCAAGCUCCAGUGAAGAAGUUCCACCUUCAUCCAGUGAAGAGGUUCCACCUUCAUCAAGUGAAGAGGUUCCACCUUCAUCAAGUGAAGAGGUCCCACCUUCAUCAAGUGAAGAGGUCCCACCUUCAUCAAGUGAAGAGGUCCCACCAAGCUCCAGUGAAGAGGUCCCACCAAGUUCCAGUGAAGAAGGUCCCCACCAAGUUCCAGUGAAGAAGUUCCACCAUCCUCCAGUGAAGAGGUUCCACCUUCAUCAUCAGAGGAAGUUCCACCAUGCUCCCAGUGAAGAAGGUCCCACCAUGUUCCAGUGA